AUGUGGGCUUAGGCUAGGCCCAUAACUCCCAAGCUGUGAGUUUCCCUCGCCGCGCUAUGAGCCGCCCGCUGUGCAGCCACUACGCCGCCCUCCUCUCCUCCGCCGCCGCCGGCAGCCGCAAUGGCGCCCGCACCUCCGCCGCCGUCCACUGCCUCAUCCUCCGGACCAUCCCGCACCCGCCGCCCACCUACCUCCUCAACCACCUCCUCACGGCCUACACCAGGUCCGGCCGCCUCGGCCUCGCGCGCGCGCGCCGCCUGUUCGACGCAAUGCCGGACCCGAACCUCUUCACCCGCAACGCGCUCCUCUCGGCGCUGGCCCGCGCGCGGCUCCUCCCGGACAUGAAGCGGCUCUUCGCGUCCAUGCCCGAGCGCGACGCCGUCUCCUACAACGCGCUCAUCGCCGGGUUCUCCGGCGCCGGCGCCCCCGCGCGGGCCGCGGGUGCGUACCGCGCGCUGCUCGCGGAGGAGGGGGAGGUGGACGGCGUCAGGGUCAGGCCGAGCCGCAUCACGAUGUCGGGCAUGGUCAUGGCCGCGUCGGCGCUCGGCGACCGCGCGCUCGGCCGGCAGGUGCACUGCCAGACCCUGCGGCUCGGGUUCGGGGCGUACCCGUUCACGGGCAGCCCGCUCGUCGACAUGUACGCCAAGAUGGGGCUCAUCGGGGACGCCAAGCGGGUCUUUGAUGAGAUGGAGGGCAGGAACGUGGUGAUGUACAAUACCAUGAUCACGGGGCUGCUCCGGUGCAAGAUGGUCACGGACGCGCGGGCGCUGUUUGAGGCGAUGGCCGACAGGGACUCCAUCACCUGGACCGCGAUGGUCACGGGGCUGGCGCGGAACGGGCUGCCGGCGGAGGCGCUGGAUGUGUUCCGGAGGAUGAGGGCAUCAGGUGUCGGCAUUGAUCAGUACACCUUUGGAAGCAUCCUGACAGCCUGUGGCGCCCUUGCUGCCUCGGAAGAGGGGAAGCAGAUCCAUGCCUACGUAAUCAGGACGCUGUAUGAGGACAACGUGUUCGUCGGAAGCGCGCUUGUUGACAUGUACUCCAAGUGCGGGAGCAUCAGAUCGGCGGAGGCCGUCUUGAGAAGGAUGACAUGCAAAAACAUCAUCUCAUGGACUGCAAUGAUUGUCGGCUACGGACAGAAUGGGUGUGGUGAGGAGGCUGUGCGGGUGUUCUCGGAGAUGCAGAGGGACGGCAUUAAGCCUGAUGAUUUCACUCUUGGCAGUGUCAUCAGCUCUUGCGCUAAUCUUGCGAGCCUGGAAGAGGGGGCUCAGUUCCACUGCGUGGCGCUCGUAUCGGGGCUGAGGCCGUACAUUACGGUGUCUAAUGCACUAGUAACCCUGUACGGGAAGUGCGGCAGCAUCGAGGACGCGCACCGCCUGUUCGAUGAGAUGACGGUUCAUGAUCAGGUGUCAUGGACAGCCCUCGUCACGGGUUAUGCCCAGUUUGGGAAGGCAAAAGAAACGAUGGAUCUGUUUGAGAAGAUGUUGUCCAAGGGUGUGAAACCGGACGGCGUAACAUUCAUUGGUGUCCUUUCAGCUUGUAGCCGUUCAGGGCUUGUGGAGAAAGGCCGCAGCUACUUCCAGUCCAUGCAGGAGGACCACGGUAUUGUACCCUUGGAUGAUCACUACACUUGCAUGAUUGACCUGUAUAGCAGAUCAGGGAGGUUGAAAGAAGCUGAGGAGUUCAUAAGGCAGAUGCCACGCUGUCCUGAUGCUAUUGGAUGGGCGACAUUGCUGAGCUCGAGCAGGUUGCGUGGUGAUAUGGAGACCGGGAAAUGGGCUGCCGAGAAUCUCUUGAAAGUUGAUCCUCAAAACCCAGCGAGCUAUGUAUUACUGUGCAGCAUGCAUGCUUCUAAAGGUGAAUGGAGCGAGGUUGCCCAGCUGAGGCGUGGGAUGAGGGAUAGGCAAGUGAAGAAAGAACCAGGCUGCAGCUGGAUCAAGUAUAAGAAUAAAGUCUACAUAUUUUCAGCCGAUGACCAGUCUCACCCCUUCUCCAGAACAAUUUAUGAAAAGCUACAGUGGCUCAACUCUAAGAUGGUGGAAGAAGGGUACAAGCCUGAUGUCAGUUCAGUGCUGCAUGAUGUAGCGGAUUCUGAGAAGGUUCAAAUGCUCAGCAAUCAUAGCGAGAAGCUUGCAAUUGCAUUUGGCUUAAUUUUUGUUCCACAAGAAAUGCAGAUUCGGAUUGUCAAGAAUCUACGGGUAUGUGUGGAUUGUCAUAAUGCUACCAAGUUCAUAUCUAAGAUAACUGGGCGUGAUAUUCUUGUGAGAGACGCUGUCAGAUUUCACAAGUUCAGCAAUGGCAUUUGCUCAUGUGGGGACUUCUGGUAAUUUCGCUGUCUAACAUGCUAACUUCAUACAUGAUUCAAGUUGAAAUAUAAGUGAGAAGUGCCACUGGAAGAGAAACAAGAAAUGUUGAUCAAAGACUUCAAAGCGAAGGAUCGAUAACAUGCUUGGGCCGCCAGCUGGCUUUGUGGGGGCAGAGCAAGAGUAAAUCCUGUUCCCUGCAGGUGCAGGGUUCAAAGAGAAGUGCCAAACUGAAUUUGCUAACAGCAGUUAUAAGGGAUUAACGGUUAUGCACGACACUGAAUUGAUCCUUAUCUCAUGUUCAAUUUCCUGUCGAGCAACCGAAGUAGAAAGGAUAUGCACGUCUGCCCAAUUGAAAAGAAGGCUUUAUUUUCGCUGUGUUUGAGAUGUGCCUCAAGUCCAUGUCCAUCAACGCGUUGAGCUGCCAUCUACAUAGUUACUACAGUAUUAUAUUGACAGAAUCCAGAAACAACAUUGAGCAAGUCAAUGUGAGUUCUGGACGAAUAUCUCGUCGGACUUUUUAUGGUGUGCCUGCUCGUGCCUGAAUAUUGAAUCAUGUGGAGGGGCGCUGGGAAGAACUCACUGGAGAAAUGCUCCUGAAGGAUAGUUAUACUGCAACAGAAUAUCAGGAGUGUCAAAAGUCACUGACUGGAUGCCCAAGAACUCCAGAUCAUGGCCAGGGUGUUAACGACGGAAGGAGAUGUGGCCGUUACCGUUUGGGUCGUUCAUCCAGUUUUUCUCGGGCUGGAAGUGGAAGCCGGUGCGUUGCCAUUGGAGCAUCGCAUUGCUCCACGGGAACGCGUUGCUGCCGGCGGCGUCCGCCCCCAGCAUGCCGCCAUGCUCGGCAGGGAUGCCGGACGUCUUCUCCGACACACCUGACUCAGGCCCUCUGCUGCUGCUGGUGGUGCUCAUCGCCUCGUCAACCGUUGCGGGUUGGUUGGGCAUGACGACGCCCGUGGCGGGCAGCUGCCCAACGAGUAUGACGCCAGCCAGCGUAGCCACGGCGAGUAGCACCGCGGCCAAUGCCAGCAGCAGCGCUGCCAACAGAGGCCCGGUCCGGCGACCGCGCCCAACCACGGCGGCCUCAGCAUCGUCCGGCAACGGCACAUAGGAGCACGGCAGCGAUGCUGGCUCCAGCCUCGAGCCGCCGUCUCUUGUCUCCAUUGGCAUAGAAUCAAUCGACCGAGAUCAAUGCGAUGGAAGAAGCAAGGUGGAGAGGCUAAUCUUAACAAGAAGCUGGAUUGAUUAGCACGAGGGAGGGAUCAGUGGAACUGAUAGCUACGUCCUCCUCUGCUUGUGUAUUCUUAACAAGAAGCUGUGUGUGUUUGCGGAGGAGCCCUUUCUCCGGGCGGCAUUUAUAGCCUCCAGUCUGCACCCGUUGCAUUAGCGGCCUAUCUGGCGCGGCCCCAUUGGCCGCUGUGUCAGUGGGAGGCUACUAAUCAUCAUCAUCUAUCCAGGGUCCAGGCCAUGUUAUCCAUACCUGGAGCUGGAGGGUUGCUUGUUGUGAUUACAAUGAUGAAGGAAAACAGGAACAUGCAUCAUCGCAGCAUGGGACAGGAAUAAUUUUUACACCUAAUCAGGCUCCUCUCCUGGACAUACCCUACCCAAUCGAUCGGCGCGGAAUAUGGAGCCGAAAAGAAAACCGAUUUGGGGGGCUAGAUAUUCCUGGGCCCAUGAAUAAUUCAGCGAACCGAAACCGACUCCUGCGCUGUCAGCAGGCUGCACUAAGGCUGGAUUAGUUUAUGAUGAUUGGAUACGUCUGUGGGUAUAUUGGUUUCUUCGUACUACAGAGUGGUCUCUAGCACUGUUACCUCCACACAAAUACAUAUUGACAUGUACAGCAGGCAGGAAUUUCUUGGUAAAAUGAAGAUGCAAUUUGGUUGGUUGGUUCGUUCA